AUGUUCGCCCAGGCUCUUACUCUCGCUGCCCUCGCUGGUGCCGUCGCCGCCCAGUCCGGCCUCAAGAUCAACACCCCUCCUGCUCUUACCCUCUGUGAGCCCUCGCUCAUCACCUGGGAGGGCGGUGAGGCUCCUUACAUCGUCUCGGUCAUCCCCGGUGGCCAGCAGAGCGCCCCUGCCCUCAAGUACCUCUCGCAGGGCACCAACGACCACCAGAUGACCUGGAACAUCGACAUUGAGGCCGGCACCCAGGUCACCCUCAAGGUCCUCGACAAGACUGGUCUCGCUGCCUUCUCCGCCCCCGUUUCCGGCACCGACCGCUCGUGCCUUUCGGGCGGCAGCGCUUCGGCCUCUGCUUCUGCUUCCGACGCCCCCGCUUCCGAGUCGGGCUCUGCCUCCGAGGCCCCCGCCUCUGAGACUCCCUCCGAGUCCGCCGCCCCCUCGCCUUCGUCCGCCGAGGCUUCCCCUUCGGCCUCGGCCGCCCCCUCGCCCUCGGCCGCCCCCUCGUCGGCUGCCUCCCCCUCGGCUCCUGUCUCGUCGGCCACCGCCUCCCCCUCGGCCGGCUCGUCCACCUCGUCGCGUGCCCCCACCUCGACCACCUCGAAGGCCGCCGCUUCGCCCUCCGCCUCCGUUAACAGCGGUGCGAAGGCCAACGUUGCCUCGUUCGGCAUCAUCGCCGCCGCCGGUGCCCUCGUUGCCCUCUUCUAA